GUUUUGUCAACACACAACGAAUGUAGGUAGUGUAUUAAAUCCGGAGUAAGUGAUAAUUUAAAGGGUUUGCUGUUUGCUUUCGUAUAAUUCCGUUUAACGCGUGAAUCCGUUUAAACCACUAUCAAGACACAGCCCAAGAAAUUGGCGGAUUACAGCAAGAGGACGAAAGUACACUGUGCGUUCAGACGCUCGCAUACCCUCAGCCAUUUUGACUGCACGCCUGAGGGCUAUUUUUUCCCUGCUGCUCCUCCUCUGUAAGUGUACACGGUUUGCAAAUUGGUUGCAACUCCGUGCCAAAGAAGUGAAGCGAGAUGGGUUCGCUGUUCAAAAUCUAAUUGGACCGAGUUCUAGCAAGAGAAGUGGAUAAGAGGACCCUGAAACCGCUCUUUUGUCAACCAAGGAGAGAGAGACCACAACCGGGGAAGGAUGGAGUGCUACCUGUUGGGGAUCUACCUGCUCCUCGCCCUUGCCAUUUUGCAACGGUCGAGUGGCACCACGGCAAAAGAGAUCACCUGUCAGGAGAUAUCUGUGCCUUUGUGCAAAGGAAUCGGCUAUAACUACACCUACAUGCCGAACCAGUUCAACCACGACACGCAAGACGAAGCUGGUUUGGAGGUGCAUCAGUUCUGGCCUCUGGUUGAAAUCCAAUGCUCACCGGACCUCAAGUUCUUUCUCUGUAGCAUGUAUACUCCUAUUUGUUUGGAGGACUAUAAGAAACCACUGCCACCCUGUCGAAGUGUCUGCGAGAGAGCCAAAGCGGGCUGCGCGCCGCUCAUGAGGCAAUACGGUUUUCCAUGGCCGGACCGAAUGAGAUGCGACUUACUGCCUGUGCAAGGCAAUCCUGACACGCUGUGCAUGGACUACAAUAGAACAGACUCGACAACAGUUUCCCCGGUCCUCUCGAAACCUACGAACUAUCCCGGUAAGCCGUAUAAUCCUCACAAUAAGAAAUAUGUACCAGGUCGACCCGGUGUUCCUCCCAAACACAAAACACUGGGUUCUUCAUGUGAACCGGGUUGCCAGUGCCGUUCGCCCAUGGUACCGGUGAACAGCGAUCGACAUCCUUUGUAUAAUCGUGUGAAGACGGGACAGAUUCCGAACUGCGCAAUGCCUUGUCAUAACCCUUAUUUUACCCAAGACGAGAGAACAUUUACAGCGUUCUGGAUUGGACUGUGGUCUGUGUUAUGUUUCAUAUCCACAUUCGCAACUGUCGCCACGUUUUUAAUCGACAUGGAAAGAUUUAAGUAUCCAGAGCGACCAAUCAUUUUUCUCUCUGCUUGUUACAUGUUUGUUUCAAUUGGGUACAUUGUGCGUUUAAUCGCGGGACACGAAAAGGUUGCAUGUAACCGGGAAUAUGACGUGGAGCACAUACAUUACGAGACAACUGGCCCUGCACUUUGUACCGUGGUGUUUCUUUUGAUAUACUUUUUCGGGAUGGCCAGUUCUAUAUGGUGGGUGAUUCUGUCACUCACUUGGUUUUUGGCGGCCGGCAUGAAAUGGGGAAAUGAGGCCAUUGCAAGUUACUCGCAGUAUUUCCACCUGGCUGCCUGGCUAAUCCCGAGUAUGAAAUCCAUCGCUGUGUUGGCCCUGAGUUCGGUGGACGGGGACCCAGUGGCUGGAAUCUGCUACGUGGGCAAUCAAAACUUGGACAAUCUGAGGGGCUUCGUGCUGGCGCCGUUAGUCAUUUAUUUGUUCAUAGGCACGAUGUUCCUUUUGGCUGGCUUCGUGUCACUGUUCAGGAUUCGUAGCGUCAUCAAACAAGGUGGCACGAAAACGGACAAACUGGAAAAGUUGAUGAUCAGAAUCGGGAUUUUUACAGUGCUUUACACUGUGCCUGCCACCAUCAUAGUGGCCUGUUACUUUUAUGAACAGCAUAACAGACAGAGUUGGGAGAUUACUCACAAUUGCUCUUGCUUAUUGGAGCAGGACCUUAAGAAGCCGGACUAUGCCGUCUUCAUGUUGAAGUACUUUAUGUGCCUUUUGGUGGGUAUUACGUCCGGUGUGUGGAUUUGGUCUGGCAAAACGCUGGAAUCCUGGCGGACUUUUUGUACACGUUGUUGCUGGGGCAGCAAGGGUACUAGUGGCUCAAUGUACAGUGACGUUAGCACGGGAUUAACGUGGAGAUCGGGUACUGCAAGCUCAGUAUCUUGCCCCAAGCAGAUGCCAUUGUCACAGGUCUAAAGAAUUCCCGCGGACUGCUAAUUGUCUGAGGAUUGUCCAUAAGUCUUUCUUUCAUUUGCAUACAAAUGGACUGUUGAUGGUUCUAUUAUGGAGGUAGUUGACGAAUUCGCUGAAACAAUGUUCCUGUCAUUACUCCUUGUUAAUUCCAGUCUAUUGAUAUGGACAUGACAAGCAAUCCUGCUUAAAGAAAACAGGGCAUUAUAUUUUGAUUCGCUGAGCUAAAGAAUAUUAGUUGUCCCCAAUUUAAAACAUUCAAAAGUAAUCUUUUUUUUUUUCUUUGCUUAUCCCUCAUGCAGAAAGACCCAAGUCUUAAUAAUCACAAUAUCAAAGAUGGUUUCAAAUAAGCCUUAAUGUCUCGGUGCCCAAAUAUUAUACGGGUUGUUAUUGUUUUUAUUUGAGAAUAUGUAUUUAUAUAUGGUUAUGUACAAACUUGUAAAUUCUGUAUAAAAGAAGAUUUAUAAGAAUGUAAAUUUGUAUAUAGUAGAUGUCGCUCGAGGACAACUUUUAUUUUGACAAUAAAAACAUU